AUGUCCAGUUUUCACUCGCGUUUGAGGAAUGUCUUCCGUCCUUCUCAGAAAUCUUCGAAGAACACAAACAAAUCCGCGACAUUGGAUGCCAAUUCCAACAGCCCGAGGCCAUCGACAUCGGAGCCCAUCUCAAAAGCAGAUCAGCUCGACUUCCUAGAACUUGCUUCCGGAACUGAUCCUAUCGUCGAUAUUGUCGCCAUCCAUGGAUUGCAAGGACACAGAGAAAGGACCUGGACGACAGAUCAAGGAAGCUUAUGGCUGCGCGACUUCUUGCCCACAGACUUGUCCAAUGCUCGAGUCUUGACAUACGGCUACGACGCUGAUGCUCGUAGUCACGAGUGUGUCUCAACCCAGACGAUGCGCCGGCAUGCCGAUGGAUUCGCCAAGGCCCUUUCCAGGAAACGCAAGGUCACUCCUCGACGACCCAUUAUCUUUGUUGCACAUGAUCUAGGAGGCAUCAUUCUCAAAUGGGCUCUGGUAAUCUGUCACAAUCAAUCAUUGGAGUCUAAAUGUGAUCUCCGAGACAUUCUCAUCUCCACUCAUGCAAUCCUAUUCUUUGGAACUCCGCAUUCGGGCACCGACGUUACCCUCCUCGAAGCCGUCAAUCGCCUGGCGUUAGUAUAUAUGGAGACAACAGACAUUAUCCUCAAGGAUCUUCGGUCGAACUCGUCUGAACUCGAGAACGUACAGAGUCUCUAUGCCCAAGCAAGUACGACGAUUGAGAGCAUCUUCUUCUAUGGCCAGUAUACGACAAGAGGACUGAACGUUCCAUACCACUCAGCCGUGAUUGCAGGCGAUCGCCAUGGGACGCCAAUCCCACUUCCUGCCGACCACCGCGAGAUGGUGAGAUUCACCUCCAGAAACAGUAACAGUUAUCAAACUGUUCUUCACUAUCUCCAAGACUAUGUCAAGAAUGCACCUGCUGAGGUGAAGAAGAAGUGGGAUGUCGAGGACAUUUGCCGAAAUGCCACUUCUGUGGGGAUCAUUUCUCCAAAGCCGUGUCCACCGUCGUCCAGAGGCUACAUCGAGCGAACGCAUAUCCAGUCCCUCAUCAGUCAAGCACUGCUUCCGGAUAGACCCGUGAAGGAUCAACCACGGUGUAUUUUACACGGCAUUGGAGGUGCAGGCAAGACUCAGCUCGCGAUAAACUGGAUUGGUGCCAACAAAGACCGCUUUACUCGGGUGAUCUUUGUCGACGCGUCCAGUCAAUCCCAGGUGGAAAUGGACUUGGAGCGGUCUAUCCGGUGCUUAGGCCCUGAAUACACCAAAAAGACAUGGGAGGAUGCUGUCGCACAUCUUGACUACAAAGAUCAAGGAUGGCUGCUCUUUAUCGACAACGCCGACUCACCCAAACUCGACCUCCGUCCAUACCUCCCUACUUCUACUCAUGGCAAAGUCUUAAUCACCACCAGAAAUGCGGAAUGCAUCAACUAUGCCCCUUCUGGUGCGGUUCUCGUUGGCGCUCUUGAGAAGAGCGAGGCGGUGAAUCUCCUUCACGCCGUCGCUCAGGUGGCACCUGUAUCCGAUACUGAAUCUUUGGAUAUUGUGGAAGAACUAGGGAUGCUAGCACUCGCGAUUACUCAAGCAGGGGCAUAUAUUCGCCAGACGCGACGUCUUAGCGCAUACCUCGGCACAUUGCGGAAGAAUCGGAAUCGACUUCUGAGCAGGAAGCCAGAUAUUGGCUCAGAUUACACGUCGUCGGCGUACGCUGCGUUCGACCUAUCGUUCCAUCAAUUACCGAACAGUACACAGAAGUUCUUGAGGCUGUGUGCGUUCCUUCAUCACUCGCUCAUUCCACUAUCGCUGUUCGAGCUGUCGACAAUGUCCGGCUUCACCACAUACACUGUCCGGAUAAGCUGCCCUCCGCCGGAGAGUGACAGGAAUUUCAUAUCAAAGCUUCAGGAAAUCUUUGGGGAGACAUGGGACGAAGUUGCAUUCCAGGAGAUUGUCAACUCGGCAGCACAGGCAUCGUUUAUCAAUGUCUCAACGGAUGGAGCAUUCUACAACAUACACCCUCUACUCCAAAUGUAUAUCCAAGAUUCUCUGGGGGCAGCGGAUAAAGGAGAUUUCGUCCGGAUGGCAUUACAAUUACUACUUGGUGCAAUCCGACCAGCAGAAGGGAGCAACGCGCCGCUUUGGCACCUACUUCCUCACGCCACCAGAAUCCCUCGAUCUGUGCUAUCAGAGAAUCUAGCGCACAUACUCGCUUUCAAUGGGUUCUAUGAUGAUUUAGGGAAUUGGAGGGCAUGUUGGGAGCUACUAGAAUAUUCCCUCGAAAGAGCUCGAGAAAGGCAAGGCGAAAGGCAUGGCAACACAAUGUGGGUCAUGAACAAACUCGCCGAGGCACUGUGGCGUUGCGGUCAAUUAAGUGAAGCAGAAAGGAUGCAGAGACAGACACUUGCUCUGCAACUAGAGAUUCUUGGACGAGAGAAUCAUGAUACAAUCAGUACAAUGCACUGCCUUGCCCUGACCUUGCGUGGUCGUGGUCAGUUGGACAAAGCCGAAAAGAUGCAGCGAGACGUGCUCGCUCUGGGGCUCGAUAUCUAUGGACGACGCCAUCCCGACACUAUCGCCGCAAUGAGCAACCUUGCAUCGACCUUGCAUGAUCGUGGUCAGUUGGACGAAGCCGAAAAGAUGCGGCGAGACGCCCUCACUCUGCGGCUCGAGAUCUCUGGACCACGCCAUCCCGACACCAUCACCGCAAUGAGCGAACUUGCAUUGACCUUGCAUGAUCGUGGUCAAUUGGACGAAGCCGAAAAGAUGCGGCGAGACGUGCUCGCUCUGCGGCUCGAGAUCUCUGGACCACGCCAUCCCGACACCAUCACUGCAAUGAGCAACCUUGCAUUGACUUUGCAUGAUCGUGGUCAGUUGGACGAAGCCGAAAAGAUGCAGCAAGAUGUGCUUGCUCUGCGACUCGAGAUCUCUGGACCACGCCAUCCCGACACCAUCACCGCAAUGAGCAACCUUGCAUGGACCUUGCAUGAUCGUGGUCAGUUGGACGAAGCCGAAAAGAUGCGGCGAGACGCCCUCACUCUGCGGCUCGAGAUCUCUGGACCACGCCAUCCCGACACCAUCACCGCAAUGAGCAACCUUGCAUUCACCUUGCAUGAUCGUGGUCAGUUGGACGAAGCCGAAAAGAUGCGGCGAGACACCCUCACUCUGCGACUCAAGAUCUCUGGACCACGCCAUCCCGACACUAUCACCGCAAUGAGCAACCUUACAUUGACCCUGCAUGAUCGUGGUCAGUUGGACGAAGCCGAAAAGAUGCAGCAAGACGUGCUUGCUCUGCGACUCGAGAUCUCUGGACCACGCCAUCCCCACACCAUCGCCGCAAUGAGCAACCUUGCAUCGACCUUGUAUGGUCGUGGUCAGUUGGACGAAGCCGAAAAGAUGCAGCGAGACGUGCUCGCUUUGCAACGCAAGAUCUCUGGUUCACGGCAUCCUGGAAUCAUCAUGGCUAUGAACAACCUUGCAUUGACCUUGUGUGAUCGUGGUCAAUUGGAUGAAGCCGAGAAGAUGCAGAGAGACGUGCUCAGGCUGCAGCUCGACAUAUCUGGACCAGGGCAUCACAAUACCAUAGCGGUCAUGAACAACCUCGCGGGGAUCUUGGACAAUUGUGGCAAAACGGAGGAGGCAGAGAGGAUACGGCAAGAUCUGCGUGCUUUGCAGCUUCAGGGUUCUGCAUAA